GGCAUGCUGCCCGGAGCUUCAAGUGCUGCGGUACUUGGGACCAGCAGAUGAAGAACCUCAAAAUAUUGAUGAACCGUCAGAGAUUUUAAUUGAUGAUAAUGAGGACCUGUGGGGAAAAGGUGCUAUGGCACUGGUUGAUGCAUACUUGGCAUCAGUGAAGCCCCUAUGUCAAGAGGACAGGGACAGAAUAUGUAUCCAAACAGCAGGACAAGCUAGCAACAAAUCUUGGUAUACAGCCAGGAUUGGUCGUCUGACAGCAUCGUUAUUUAAGAGGAUAUGUCGGUGUAUAAAGCCUGAGGGCCUUCUUAAAACGCUGCUCUAUCCUAGUGGUAGGGCAGUGUCCGAAGCACUUGUAUAUGGGCGAGUCCAUGAAAAGGAUGCUGUCGAUGCGUAUGUAGCUAUUUUGAGGCAUCGUGACAGCACUGUCGAAGUCCUUGAGACUGGCCUUCAUGUACAUAAUAAGUAUCCAUUUGUGGCAGCCUCGCCAGAUAGGAUUGUCACAGUGAAUGGAGAAGAAGGCCUUCUCGAGGUGAAAUGCCCCUUUUCCAAGCGAGGAUUGACGAUAGAAGAAGCCUGCGCCGACAGAGCUUUCUGCUCCAUCUUCCAGGACGGUGAAGCCAUUCUGAAAAGGGAUCACCAUUAUUUCUACCAAGUGCAAGGACAGAUGGCUGUUACGGGACAUAAGUGGUGCGAUUUAGUUCUGUGGGUUGAGUCGGGCAACCCAACCGAGCCCCACCAAAUUAAUGCCGAACGCAUAGACUUCGACCUCAAUUUCUGGGAGCAGGAGAUCCUUCCUGGACUGCUACAUUUUAUGCGGCACGCGCUUGUGCCCGAGCUACUCACGAAACGUUUGAAACGUCUAGGAAAGCUUUACACGUGUGGGCAGUAUGUGUCACACAAGAUGCUCCAGCGAGGAUUUUACGUGUGUGAACCUCGGGAUGACCUCCUAGUGAAAAUCAGGAAACUUAAGUGA